GGGGGCUGUGCGGCUGCUGGAGCCAUUAGCGCGGGGCUGGCGCGGCCGAAGGCCGGGCUUGGAGCUCCCUCCCCCGCCCGAGCCCCGUCCCGGGGACGUCAUGGGAGGGAGGUAUAAAAUUUCAGCGUCGGGGCCGGGGGAGCGGCAGUGUGCGCGGGCGGGCCGGUGCGGAGCGGUGUCGGUGUGCGGACCACGACGCGGCGGUCAGCGGAACCCACGGGCGCGGCGGACGGCCCGGCGGCAGCGCUCCCGGCUGGGCGAGAAGCGCGGCGCUGCCACGCUCCCGGGCGCCGAGGGCCGGGCACCGGGCGAUGUAGGGCGCGGGGCCCGGCGGGGGCAUGAAUGGUGCAGCGAGAGGGGCGGGCGCGGCGCUCCCCCCGCGGCGGCGGGGCGGCGCGGGCCGCUGACACGUGCGGCGGCGCGGCGCGGCGGGGCGCCCCCUGCUCCGCGGGGCGCGGGGCGGCGCAUGGGGAAGGAGCGCGGCGCGGAGAGGCACGGCGCCUGCCGCUUCUCCUUGCGGAGCGCUGCCAGCUCUUCCUGGAAGUCCUGAGUCGCGCACGGCGCAGUGAGUUCAUGCACCUCCUCGCCAAGCCUCAGCCUGCGGGUUCUGGGGAGGCUGCCGCCAGCACACCGCCCGGUCCCCCGCGCCCUCUCGCCGCCGCACGGGGGUCUCUCCCGGAGGCCCCCGCCGCCGCCCCCUCACACAUGAAGAUGUACGUGCAAAGGGCUCUGGUGCUGCUCUCCCUGCUGAGCUUCGCUACCGUGAGCCUCUCGCUUUCGUCCUGCACCACCUUGGACCUGGACCACAUCAAGAAGAAGAGGGUAGAGGCCAUCCGAGGGCAGAUCCUGAGCAAGCUGCGGCUCACCAGCCCGCCGGAGACCGUGGGGCCGGCCCAUGUGCCGUACCAGAUCCUGGCCCUCUAUAACAGCACUCGGGAGCUGCUGGAGGAGAUGGAGGAGGAGAAGGAAGAGAGCUGCUCUCAGGACAACACCGAGUCCGAAUACUAUGCCAAAGAGAUUCAUAAAUUUGACAUGAUCCAGGGCCUCCCCGAACACAAUGAGUUGGGCAUUUGUCCAAAAGGUGUCACCUCCAAUGUGUUCCGCUUUAAUGUGUCAUCAGCAGAGAAGAACAGCACCAACCUAUUCCGGGCUGAGUUUCGGGUGCUGCGCGUGCCCAACCCAAGCUCCAAACGCAGUGAGCAGCGCAUUGAGCUCUUCCAGAUCCUUCGGCCAGAUGAGCACAUAGCGAAGCAGCGGUACCUCAGUGGCAGGAAUGUGCAGACACGGGGCUCCCCUGAGUGGCUGUCCUUCGAUGUCACCGAGACCGUGCGUGAGUGGCUUCUGCACAGAGAGUCCAACCUUGGCCUGGAAAUUAGCAUACACUGUCCUUGCCAUACUUUUCAGCCCAAUGGGGACAUCUUGGAGAAUUUGCAUGAAGUCCUGGAGAUCAAGUUCAAAGGCAUUGACAGUGAGGAUGACUACGGCCGCGGGGACUUGGGCCGCCUGAAGAAGCAGAAAGACUUGCAUAAUCCCCACCUGAUCUUGAUGAUGUUACCCCCACAUCGACUGGAGAGCCCCGUGUUGGGAAGCCAAAGAAAGAAACGGGCCCUGGAUACCAACUACUGUUUCCGGAACCUGGAGGAGAACUGCUGCGUGCGUCCUCUGUACAUUGACUUCCGACAGGACCUCGGCUGGAAAUGGGUCCACGAGCCUAAGGGCUACUUUGCUAACUUCUGUUCAGGCCCUUGCCCGUACCUUCGCAGUGCAGACACCACUCACAGCACGGUGCUGGGUUUAUAUAACACGCUGAACCCUGAGGCAUCUGCUUCGCCCUGCUGUGUUCCCCAAGACCUGGAGCCACUCACUAUCUUGUACUAUGUUGGGAGGACCCCCAAAGUGGAGCAGCUCUCCAACAUGGUGGUGAAAUCCUGCAAGUGCAGCUGAAAGGCCCCCUGGCCCACCCAAAGCCAAGGGAAAAACUGUCAGCACCCACUCUCCUGCUCCCAGGCUAACACAACGAGAACUGGGGGUCUGAGACUACGCAUGCUGAGGGCCAAGUGCCAAACCUUGAGAGCCUGGCAGCCCUUGGGGAUUUCUUCUGGAACACUCCUUGGUCGUCUUGGCAGUGUAAUGUUCCUUCUAGGAAGUACUUUGGUGACACAAAGGCCACACUCUCCAAAAUGGCUGGACAGUUGGUGCAGAAGAAAAAGAUAAUGUGGAAGAACUGCAGUGUAUUUGAAUGCUGGGUGGUUGAGAUGGGAAAGCAAGAUAAUGAGAAAGCAGGUGAAAGGGAUAAUGGAAAAGGGGAGAUGUUUUCUGUUCUUGCUUUAGCUAUCUUAAGACCUAAGCCCUCCCCAUUAGCCUGAAGUAUUAAAGGUUUUCCCUGUAGGAGGAAUUUUUGAACGUUUCCUUAGAGAAGGAAAAGGCACCAAGCAGGGAAGCUGUUAAGAGGAGCGCUCAGAGAUACACUUAAGACUUUUGUUCCUCAGAGCUGUACUCCAGGAGUCCUGCAACUGAAACUGUGUCUGCCAAAACCUCUAAGUUCAGUUGACAGAUCCUGGCUAUUGGGUUUCAAAUGCAAACUGCAAGGCUCCCAGUCAGCCUACCAAGGGUGGGCAAAUACAAGGAAAGAGGGUGCUGAGUCCAUUGUCAGAGGGACUGAAGCUUCCAUUCAGCUCUUUUACCUUCCUGGAGUUUCUAAGAGAUGAUUUUGGGGUCAGAGCAGGAGCAUCUGUCGGUACCUGAAUACUGGGCCUAUUCAUUUGUGAUCUGAUACACCCUGAGGACCUCUUGUCUGUUGUGGAUUGUGAGGUGCUUUGGGGUGUUCUGCACCUGUUCUGCUUGAUGACCUGAACUUGGUCCCACCUGCCAAGACUUAAAAAAUAGUAAUCUCAAAAACUUUGUAAAAAAUAAAUAUUUGGGGGGUGGGGGGAGAUGCUAAUUUUUUCACAAGCAAGUUUUUUGUUGGAGGGUUAGAUGAUUUGCUGGUUUUAAACUGCUACUGCUGUGGCAUACUCAGUCUAAAAUUUUUACCCUUUCCAAAAUGUUUCUUCAAAAGAACAGAUAGAAUUUAGGUCAGCAAGAAAAUUUCAAAAUGGAACUUCCUUAUUACCCUCAAACUGUACCUGGUGUAAAUGUGCCCCGUUCCAUCCUAGUCCUUCAGACAUGUACAUCACUGCUGGCAUCUGCUUUUGACAGAUUCAUGUAAAGCUCCCCUCAAACAUAAAACACUUUCAACAAUACUGUUUAAAUAUCCGAGGCACUGCAGUUGCCACAGCUGACAAAUGUCGUAUGUCCAUUUGAAGAUAUAUAUGGUCUGCCAGUACAGACCUGUACAUCCAGGUAAAUAACACACCCUUCCUCUCAUGUCCUGAUUUCAUGCUCAUAAAAAAGAUUACAGAUGCUGUCCAGGCAAGAAAUCAACGUAGUCCUUUAAACGGGCUUUUGCGGCCAUAGAUACUCGCAGAGGUAAAAACCUCUGGUGCUGAAUGCCACAUGAGACUCAGAGGCUGUCUCUGACUUGCCAAAACACAGCUACUCAAAAGUCCUGUUCUAGAGACCACAGAUGUUCCUCCCUGUCUCCUCCCAGUUCCUGGACCCCAGCAACUGAGUGUAAAAUGACACCUAGCUGGUUAAUCACUUGUGGCCAGGGCACUCCACAGACAGCUCAGAAUCCAGCUCUUCCAUCAAGCCCUUCACAAUAGUGGCUGCUUACAUAUAGCUCUUUGGGGCUGCCAAACCGUGUAAACUCAAAUGUCUUAAUAAACCAUAAACAGCCCUUCCUGAACCCUCACCAACUGGAUAGAGGUUAGCAAGGGUGGGUCAGUGGAGGCAGCCUGCCAAGCUGUAUGCCAUUUUGGCCAGAGCACACAUGCCCUGACAGAGGCACUCCCCAGUGUUUUAUCCUUUUCAUCUCUGGGGCUCCCUGACAUGUGUGAUUGGGGUGAUGAUGAAAGCUCUGAUCAGUCCUGCAGCACUACAGUUUGCUCUGCCCUGUGCACCUCUCCAUGCCCAGGCUUCCUUGCCACCUGCCCAGGGAGGGAGCAAAUAAAUGCGUUAUGACUACACCA